AUGGACAGCAUAGAAACACGAAAAUACAUCUUUCGCAAUUCAGCUUUAGGGGUGAACCCGGCUUGGUUGGGACAGCGCGCUCUGGGACUGGGCGAGGAGGUGACCCUGAGGGAAGGGGACACCCUCUACCUGGUCAACGGCCUCUACCCCCACGGGGUGCGUUUCCGUCCCCCUGUCCCCAACUCCGCGGAGGGUUCUGACGCGGCCGAGAGCGGGAAGAGACGCCCGGAUCCCCAGAGCGAAGCCCCGGCUAGGAAGAAGGCCAGAAUUCCGGAUCCAGAUUCCCCAGCCGCAGAGACAGGAGAGGGCCGGGAAUCGAGGGACACUCCCUGGCCCCAGGACUCAUGGACUGUGGAUUCCAAACUGCUGCUCUUCACUAGCCAGGGAGUCCAGGCCAGCUCCAAGUUUGCAGGGUUUGACAUCGAUGGAACCAUCAUCACGACCAAAUCAGGGAAGGUUUUUCCAACUGGCCCCGAUGACUGGAGAAUCCUGUAUCCGGAAAUUCCGGGGAAGUUGAUAAAGCUAAUCUCGGAGGGUUACAAGGUCGUGUUCUUAACCAACCAGAGAGGGAUUAGCCGGGGAAAGGUCCGGGCUGAGGAUUUCCAGGCAAAGGCCGAAGCGAUAGUCAACAAACUGGGCAUCCCAGUCCAGGUUUAUGUGUCGACGGGAUUGGGAUUUUUUCGGAAGCCAAUGUUGGGAAUGUUGGAUCACCUCCGGGAACAGGGUAACAAUGGAGUGAAAGUGGACUUGGCUUCCUGUCUCUACGUGGGAGACGCUGCCGGACGUCCUGCCAAUUGGGCUCCCGGUCGGAAGAAGAAGGAUUUCUCCUGCAGCGACCGGCUGUUUGCCCUGAAUGCGGGAAUCCCGUUUUACACGCCUGAGGAGUUCUUCCUG